ACUUCAAACUCCUCAAUUGAAUCGAGACAAUAUCCAAUAACUCGAAGAAGAUGCGUCUAACACUGCUCGCCCUCAUUGGCGUCCUGUGCCUUGCUUGCGCCUACGCCCUGGACAACCAGCAGGAUGACAACCAAAAUAACGAGCAAGUGAUUGGCCUGCUGGACGUGGCCGAUCAGGGAUCUGCCCAUGCCAACGAAGGCGACCGAGAGGCUCGGGGAGGCGGCUGGGGAGGGCGCGGAUGGGGUGGCGGCUGGGGUGGCCGUGGAGGCGGCUGGGGAGGGCGCGGAUGGGGUGGCGGCUGGGGUGGCCGUGGUGGCGGCUGGGGUGGCCGCGGAGGCGGCUGGGGUGGCUGGGGUCGAUAGGCCGGCACUGUCAUACAAAUGGAUUGACAACCGACCACGCCUCUCCCAUCGCCACAUCAGGAUGACACCUCCAGAUGUUAGUGCGCCAAUAAAGAACAUUUAGCAAAGCAAA